AUGGAUGAUCCAUUAAGUCGAGCAUUACGUGAAGAAAAUAAUCCACCAUCAUCAUUAUCAUCAAUAGAUACAAAUGAUUUACAUUUUAAUGAGAAAAUAUCUUCAUUAUCAAUAAGUCAUAGUCAUAAUGACUGGAUACUUCCAUCAACAAAUGAACGUAAAGAAGAAGUUGAAAUUAAUCGUGAAUAUAUAAGAAUUUGUGUUUGUGAUCCAAAAAAACAUAAAUCAAAUCUUGAUUCAUAUGUAACCUAUUUAGUAAAUACACAAACAUAUAAUGAUAGUGUUAAAAUCAAUGAAACAAAUGUACGUCGACGUUAUAAUGAUUUUAUUUGGUUAAAAAAUUUACUUGAUAUGAAAUAUCCAUUUAAUAUUAUAUCACCAUUACCAGCUAAACAUACAUUAUCAAAUAAAUUACAUGUUGUUGCUGAUGAUGGAGAAUUUAUUCGACGACGUAUGAUUGGUUUACAAAAUUUUCUUCAACGUAUUAUUGAUAAUCCAGUUAUAUCAAUUGAUUCAUCUGUACAAUUAUUUUUAUCAGCCGAUGAUGAUACACUUCAUACUGCUCAACAACAACAAACACAAGCAACAACAAUAUCAUCCGUAUCACCACAUAUUUCUUCAACAAAUUCAAAUCCAUUUCGACAACCUAUGGGUCGUGGUAAACCAAUUCCAAGUGAAUUUUCUCGUACUGAAAAUCAAAUACAAACAUUACAAGAUAAUUUACGUAAACUUGAACGUCUUACACGUAAAAUAGAAACAGAUCAAGUAUCAAUACAAACUGAAGAAGAACAUUUAUUAUCAACAUUUAAACAAUGGCUUGAUAUUGAAAGAAAAUAUGACGAGAAUGAUUCAUUUAUUGAUAUUGUAUCUUCUACACAAGAAAAAAUUGUUGAAAAUCAAAUGGAUUUAUUAAAAUAUACAAAUACAAAAUUUAUUGAACCAAUUAAUGAAUAUGUUUUAUUUACAAAUGUUGUUCAAGAUGUUUUAAAACGUCGUGCACAAUUAUCAGAAAAUGUAACAACAAAUAAUAGUGAAGAAAUGUUCGAUCAACUUACAAUUGCGAAUGAAACAAUUAAAGCUGAUAUACAUCGAUGGACAGAAUUAAAAGAUAAAGAAUUAACUCAUUUAUUUCAUUUAAUGGCAAAUAAAAAAAUUGAUUUUUAUAAUCAAUCCAUUGAUGCAUGGGAACAAGCAGCUGCAAGAUUAUCAUUACCUAAUAAUCAAAAAUGA